AUGAGAGAAACGCCUGAAGAGUUGAUUCAAACAUGCGGUAUCUCGGCCAAAUAUGGCUUUCUCCCUGAUACCGAUCCUUUACAACGCCUACCAGAUAUUUACUACGAUCCUUGGGAGGCACUUGCGGAGAACCUUCCCAAGCUCAUAGCGAACGACGCAGUCAGGUCAAAGAUUGACCAGCUACCAAUCCUUGGCAUUAGCCAAUUGCACACGGACGCAGAGUGGCGGCGGGCAUACGUGGUGUUGGGAUUUUUGACUCACGCAUAUAUCUGGGGUGGUGAGCGACCCGCCGAGCGACUCCCACCCCAACUCACAUGCCCCUUUCUGGCAGUGUCGGAGCAUUUAGGACUGCCACCAACCGCGACGUUCUCGACACUCAGUCUUUGGAAUUUCGGUUUGCAGACUCCGGGCAGUGAUCGAACUAGCCCAGAAAAUCUCCGUUCCCUGGUCUCAUUCACCAACACGAAAGAUGAAGAGUGGUUCUGCAUGAUAUCCACCGCCAUCGAAGCGAAGGGCGCCCCUCUUAUCCUAACGAUACUUCGUUGCAUCCAGGCCGUGGAUGACCAUAAUGACAAAUUGGUUUUGUCUUGUCUUCAAACUUUGACUAAUGGGAUUCAUGAAAUCGAAAAUCUUCUGAAACGGAUGCAUGAAAAAAAUGACCCACAGGUUUUCUAUCACAAUAUUCGUCCGUUCUGUGCAGGGACCAAAGGAAUGGCGGCGGCUGGCUUGCCCAAUGGUGUCUUUUACGAUGAGGGCGGGGGUCGAGGCCAAUGGAGACAGUAUAGCGGCGGGAGCAAUGCUCAAAGCUCACUGAUCCAGCUCUUCGACAUUUUUCUUGCUGUUGAUCAUUAUGCAACGGGAGGCGGUGACAUUCGCCGCCCAGUGUCGCAGUAUGGAGGUGCUGGUCCCAAAGGGUAUUUACACGAAAUGAGAAACUACAUGCCACGGCCACACCGCAAGUUCCUCGCAAGAGUUGCACGAAUGAGGAACCUGCGCGAAUAUAUCUCGCGCACCACAACUUCCACAGAGCUUCAGGCGGCAUACAAUGGCGCUGUUACCGCCGUGGUUCGGCUCCGAAAUAGCCAUAUCCAGAUCGUCGCCAGGUACAUUGUCAUGCCAUCCCGGAGCCCGCCUGCCCAAUACAUCGUCCAGCGAAAAGGGGCAAACCUGGCUACGGCAUGUUCAACGCAACAACAUGCUGGGGAAAUGGACGAGGAUGCAUCAGUGACGAGACAAUUACACGGCACCGGUGGAACAAGCGUGAUGCCCUUCUUGAAGAGGACUCGGGAUGAGACCAGGGAAGCGAUGAUGCGUGUCUCUUGA